UGCACAACUCGCUCCUGGGAACAUGAGGAUUUCCAGAAGAGUCGCAGGAAAGUCAACAGGGUAUUAAGACAGAUCCACAGAAAACGAAAGCUCAGUGUGAAGGCUCGGGCUGCCGAGGUGGAGGCGUGUGUCCUGCGGGGGAGGAGGCGUGGGGGGUGGCCAGGAGACAGCGGCAGCUUUGUGCACCCGGGGCCCGGCGGGCACCACUGCUGUUGCUGCUGCUGCUGCUGCUGCUACAUCUCCAGGGGCUGCUCCAGGGUCCCGGCCACGAUGCAGGGGCUGCUCUGCGCCUCUCUGCUCCUCACUGGGCUGGCACGGUUCUGCUGCAGGGCACAGGGCGCUGGGCCAGCAGACACAGCGCCAGACAGCAGGCCUGGAAAAGCAUCAGAGGAGUAUCAACGGAAAGAGUUCUGUCACUGGCCAUGCAAAUGUCCGUCUCAGAAGCCCAGCUGCCCUCUUGGAGUGAGCUUGGUGAGGGAUGGCUGUGGGUGCUGCCACAUCUGUGCCAAGCAGCCGGGGGCCCUCUGCAACGAAGCUGACCUGUGCGACCCGCACAAGGGGCUGUACUGUGACUACUCAGCAGACAGGCCUAGGUACGAGACCGGAGUGUGUGCAUACCUUGUAGCUGUGGGAUGUGAGUUUAACAGGGUCCAUUAUCAUAAUGGCCAAGUGUUUCAGCCCAACCCCCUGUUUAGCUGCCUCUGUGUGAGCGGGGCCAUCGGGUGUACACCGCUGUUCAUCCCACGGCUGGCUGACCGUCUCUGCUCUGGAGCCACGGGUCGAAAGAAGUCUGAUCAACUCAACUGUGGCCUGGGACCAUUACAACAGCAGCUGUCAGCAAGCUACAAAACCAUGUCAGCUUAUAGGAACCUCCCACUUAUUUGGAAAAGAAAAUGUCUUGUGCAAGCAACAAAGUGGACUCCUUGCUCCAGAACAUGUGGGAUGGGAAUAUCUAAUAGAGUAACCAACGAAAACAGCAAUUGUGAAAUGAGAAAAGAGAGAAGAUUGUGCUAUAUUCAGCCUUGUGACAGAAACAUAUCACAAACAGUAAAGAUUCCCAAAGGAAAAACAUGUCAACCUACAUUCCAACUCUCCAAAGCUGAAAAAUUUGUUUUUUCUGGAUGCUCUAGCACAAAGAGUUACAAACCUAUUUUUUGUGGGAUAUGCGUGGAUAAGAGGUGCUGUAUCCCUAAUAAGUCUAAAAUGAUUACAAUUCAAUUUGAGUGCCCAAAUGAAGGGUCAUUUAAGUGGAAGAUGCUGUGGAUUACAUCUUGUGUGUGUCAGAGGAACUGCAGAGAACCUGGGGAUGUAUUUUCUGAGCUCAAGAUUCUGUAGAAGUAUAAAAGGAGGAAAACUUAGGCUAGUCAAUCAUGUCAUACAGUAAAAGAAUUAGAAUUGUUAUAAAAAGAUAGCUGACCUAUAGUAUUGGUUUAAAACAGUAACAGUGCCCACCUAUUGUCAGAUCACUGUGCUUAAGGAACUAGAAGCUUUUAAGAAGGUUCUCCUAAAAAUAUAUAUAGAAUUUGAAACUUAAUAUUUAAGCCUUAUUUCUAAAAUAUAUCCUAUAAUUAUUUAAUACAAAGACACUGGGUACCAUUUAAGUACCCCUCAUAUAAUGAAAAAAAUUAUAUAAUUUAUGAGAACAUUUUAUAAGAUAAUCUAGAAUACACUGUUAUAAAUAAAAAGCACGCUGAAUUUUUAAAAUUCUAUCCAUACUUGACAAUGUAGUAAAGGCUCCCAUCAGGUGACAAUCAUCAUAGGGUAAGAUGCCGGAUUAAUUCUUAAAUAGAAAUAAGAUUCAACUGUAAAUAUUUACAUUUCAUUGCUCUAUUCUGAAUCAGUUAAGAUUUUUUUUGAGAAUGAGAAAAUGGAACUUUUAUAAUUACAGUUAACAGUUGUAAUCUAAAAGUUUUUAUACCAAAUACUGUAGAAAAUUAAAUUUCCAAGAUAAACACAGUAUCAUUGCUUUGUGAAAGAAAAAACAAAACACUAACAAAAAACACAAAAAUUACCUCCUUCAAUGAUAAAUCAACCUAUGGAUCUGAAAUAUAAAUUAUUAAAA